GGCGGCAACAUGCCCGGGGCGGGAGAGGAGGCCGAGGCGUGCGGGGAUAAGCUUGACGUUCAGUAACGGUACUCACUUGGAAGCGUGUUAUCGUCUUGGUCGUCAGUUUGUGUGCUUAUCCCGAGGAGGAAAGACAGGCAGCAAUGGCGGAUCAAGGAAACCAGCAGAUUGAGAACAUCAUCCCCUGGGCCGUGGGACGCGUGGCCCUGGUGACGGGCGCGGCCGUGCGGGUGGGCAAAGCCAUCGCCGCCACCCUCCACAGGAGAGGCUUCAAGGUCGCCAUCCACUACAAUGCUUCGAAGAGCGAGGCCGAGGCCUUCUCGACUGAACUAAACAGCAAGCGAGAGGACACCGCCAUCGCCAUCAAAGCCGACCUGUCAACCAACAUCGCUGAGACAUCGCGUCGCUUGGUGGGCGCGGUGGUAGACAAGUUCGGGAAGCUUGAUCUUCUUGUCAACAGCUCCGCCAUCUACUUCGCGACCCCGAUCGCUGAGACCACGGAGAAGCAAUGGGACGAUCUCAUGACCCUCAACACAAAGGCGCCAUACUUCCUCAUUCAGGCCGCCGCACCCUACCUGAAGAAGAGCCGAGGCUCCGUGGUGAACGUGGCUGACAUCCUCGGCGAGCGCCCCAACCCUCCCUUCAACGUGUACUGCAUCACCAAGGCCACGAUGCUUAUGAUCACCAAGAGUCUGGCCCUCGAACUAGCUCCAGAGGUUCGCGUUAACUCGGUCCUGCCAGGGGCCUCGAUCUUCCCCGAGGACUACGACGAAAAUCUCAAAAAGAACUGGAUAGCCAAAACGCCCCUGGGCCUGGCCAAGAAGGGCCACGAGAUUGGCGACACCGUGGUGUUCCUGGCCUCCCCCUCGGCCAGUUUCAUGACCGGCGAAGGCAUCUCUCCCUCGGGCGGCCGCCGCAUCGCCCUGUAAGCACCCCACACACUGCUCCUGUGCUCUGUGUAACCGUAGUAUAGCUGCAGCCGCAUCGCCCUGUAAGCACCCCACACACUGCUCCUGUGCUCUGUGUAACCGUAGUAUAGCUGCAGGUACCCGUAGUCGUCCACUCUGUGUUUCGGUGUCCUGUUGAAAGUUUUACGUUGUUGUCCAUCCUACAUCAGCCGUGUUGUUAACACCGUGUAAAAUUGCAUGUUCAUCAGGUAAAUAAAAACUAAUACUUCACUGAAGGCA